UCGGCCAAGAUCCAGAAGACGCUUGCGCGACAGCAAGAAAAGGUCAAGGAAGGCCAAUUCUAUGAAGCUCAUCAGCAGCUGCGCGUCAUCGCAUCUCGUUACACCAAGUCGAGCGACUGGGCCUCCGCAGUAGACCUGCUCUCGUCGGGCGCAUCUAUGCUCCUCAAGGCCGGACAGGGAGCAUCCGGAGGCGACCUAUGCAUGUUUCUCAUGGAUGUUUACGGCAAGGCUGAGCUGAAGCCCGACACGACAAACAAAGCACGCUUGCUGAGCCUACUACGCGAAUUUCCCGAUGGAGAACCGACGAGAAAGAGAUUUGCUGGAGAAGUCAUUGGAUGGUCGUCGAAGUUGGGAGAAUAUCCUGCUGGAGACCCCGAGCUUCACCAUGUCAUAGGCACACUUUAUGCCCAGGAUGGUGAGGCCAUCGAAGCAGAAAAGCAUCUCACACUCGGAACCUCAGACUCGCCAGCAGCCUUCUCCGCCCUCGAAUACGACUGGUACACCUCAGACGAGCCCUCGACUGCUCCUCUUUACGCUGCCCGCGCUGUCUUCCCCUAUCUCCUGGUUGGCAAUCUUCGUGCUGCAAACAAGGCCUUUCUGCUCUUCACAUCGAAGCUGUCAUCCUCAAAUCCUGGUCUUGGUGUUCAAGAAGUUGGCUCCGCCUCAUCCGACCUACGCGUAUACCCCAGCCUUCCACUGCUAAAUUUCCUGGGUCUUUUGUUGCUGGCCAUCGAGAAAGGAUCCGCCGACGUUUUCAAACAACUCAAGAGCCACUACGCCUCUUACAUCAAGGAUGCUGGAAACUGGGAUGAAGCGCUUGCUCAGGUUGGAGAAAUGUAUUUCGGCAUCAAGAUCCCUAGCCAGAGCAAUCCCUUGUUUGACAUGAUGAGUUCGUUCAUGGGAGGAGGCGGCUCA